AUGUCCGCCCAAACCGACACUGCACACCCCGCAGUCGACAACUCCCUCGACGACAUCUUCGGCUCCUCCCCCGAAACAGAGACCCGGUCAGAGCUGCGCGCCUCCCAACCUACAAACGAACCCUCCGACCUGCCCUCUCUACGCCGCCAACACGUUACAGCCGGCUACCGUGACGGCGUUGCAACGUCCAAAGGCCAAAACGUACAGGAAGGCUUCGACGCCGGGUUCCCCGUCGGUGCACAAUUAGGCAUGCGGGCAGGCACUAUUCUCGGUAUCUUGGAGGGGAUUACGCGCGGAGUGGAGGAUCGAUCCGUCGUGAAGAAACCCGCGAGGGGCACGAAAGAGGCGAGCGGUCCAGAGCUGGAGUCGCGUCGUGCGACGCGGGAGCAGGUGCUCAAACUCUACACGGACGCGGUCUCUGCUCUGGAUGUGCAGGCUGUGUUUACAGGCGAGGCGGAGAUCAAGUCCGGCGAAGCAGGGGAGACGGCGGAAGCACAACUGGGGCGGAAGGGGGAUGGGGUGAUAUCGAAGUGGGAGGCCAGGGUUUCUGUGUCAGGAUGGGAGGAGAACAUGGAGGCGCUAGAGAUGAAGGAGAAGGCUGAGAAGGAAAGCCAGGGAGGGCAGGGCGCGGGUGAACGGAGCUGA